AUGAAGCGCAACCCCCGCGUCACCAGCUCCCGCCGGAAGUGCCGCAAGGCGCACUUCACGGCCCCGUCCUCCGUCCGCCGUGUGCUCAUGUCCGCGGCGCUGUCGACGGAGCUCCGCCACAAGUACAACGUGCGCUCCAUCCCGAUCCGCAAGGACGACGAGGUGCAGGUCGUGCGCGGCACCUACAAGGGCCGCGAGGGCAAGGUGGUGCAGGUGUACCGCCGCCGCUGGGUCAUCCACGUCGAGCGGAUCACCCGCGAGAAGGUGAACGGCUCCACCGUGAACGUGGGCAUCCACCCCUCGAAGGUGAUCGUCACCAAGCUGAAGCUCGACAAGGACCGCAAGGCACUCCUCGACCGCAAGGCCAGGGGCCGCAACGCCGACAAGGCUAAGGGCAAGUUCACCGCCGACGAUGUCGCCGCCGCUGCUGCUGGUGCCGCCGCCACCGGUGCCUCUCUCCAGGAGAUCGACUAG